CGGAGACCAGCUCGCCUCACGGCCGGACGAAUAGGGGACCACACCUGGAGGUGUUACCCUCUCAGGCCUGGACGGAGGUCAAAGAGCUGCACGUGGAUGCCACCUCGUCAGCAUCCUUGAAGUGGACGGAGAACAGGCAAGGGCACCUGGAAACAACGUCAAAUGAUGACAGGACGCAGAUCGAGGGACCGCGCCUGGUUUCAGAAUCAUCAAAUAUCCAUGUGGGGAACAGAAGCCCGCGCGUGCUGGCUGCCUCGGCACGGGGACCGCCAGAUGGCCCAGAAUUGCACCAAGAGACCGGCUCAACCACGAGCAGGAUGGAGGAAAACAAACCACAGCUGGACGCCAAUUCAACAAAAGACGGGAGUGGAUUCCACGAACAGGACUUGGAUGGUAACAUCCCAGCACUCGAUGACUCGACGCAAGCCACAGAAUCGUACAGAGAGACAAUGAUGCCACCACCUACAACCGAGGGCUGGACGAAGAGCCCAAUACCUUACCGAAAGACUGUCACGCCUAAGUGGUGGACUGCAGCUCAGAACGCACAGGUGAAAGCCACCUCGCUCGAGACGUUGCCAGAAGACGAAGAACGCUACCUGGAGGCUACCUCACCAGAAAACCAGACAGAGGACGAUGAGUCAUCUCCGCAGGCCUCCUCGCCUGCAUCAGACGCCUGGCUGGGGGAGGACGUGGAUGCUAGGGUACUGCGACGGUCCGUGGUGGAGGAGCUGAACGGAGCACUGCAGCUUGCCGGGUCGCUGAACGACCUGCUGACGGACUCUGAGGAGGAGUAUCUACGCUCCUUGACCACGGGAAAAGAGCUCGGGCGAACCGACUCGCCGGCCGAAGAGCCGGCAGCCGCCGACUCGCGCAGUGACCCGGAGCGCGGCAUCGUCACCAAGUUCCUGCAGCUGGUGGAGUCGCAGCAGCGGCUGGGUGAGAACUGCACCGCCGGCACUGAGUUCCAGCUGGAGGGCGUGGUGGACCGGUACGGCCAGGAGCGCUUCCGCUACCAGGCCGAGCUCACUGUCAAGAUGGCCAACCUGCUGACCAGGCUAUGGAAGUACUCGCCCGACGUGAUGAACAGUGAGAACUUGCUACACGCGCUUGUCCUGUCUCUAAUAGAGGCCGACGGGGACAUUUUCGCAGCCGGCAACUGCUAUGACCAGGCGCAGUACAAGGACUACCACCUGUACUGUCCCUUUGCGUACCGACUGCCCGAGGGGACCAUUCUGUCCAAGGACUUGGCUGCGGAGUACGACUACAUGUCCAACACGUCCGAAUGGUUCUACAUCGCCAGAAGCAACGCUGAGCGGUCGAUCCAGAACGACGCGUCGCCCGGCUGGACUGGGUCUCGCACGUACGCCGUAGCGGCUGGCGCCAACAGCCCGCCCACCAAGGAGGUCAUCAAGCCGGUCACCUUCACCGACGGCUUCUGGAGCAAGCCCUACUUCGACUGCGGCGGCGGCAACAUCUGGAUGAUGACCUACACGGUGCCCUUCUUCGGCUUUGAGAACGGAAGCUACUUCUUCAAGGGCACGAGUGGAAUCGACAUUGACCUGCGGCGCGUCGACAUCGACCAGUGCCCGCAGAGGCGGAACAGCACCGACGUCAAUAUCUUCGCCGGUUCCGACAAAUGCAAGGAGAGAACGACAAAGGUGGGUGCCAUCGGCAUGAUCCCGCUCAAGAUGCUGUCGCCGCCCACCGGGGCCGCCUGUCGCGACGGCACCUGUCACAGCCACCUGUCACAGCCGGCCCGUCACACCGCCGCCGGCCCGGCGCAAACAUGUUGA